AUGAACGUGUCAGAGCAAAACUUGUCUGAUCAAUUAAGAGCAAUACGCAGACAUAAUUACAUCACAGAAGCAAGAAGGGAAGAAAUUACCCAAGAAGUGGCGAGAGAGCUCGGUAGCAACUCUGGAGCCCCAGCAAGCCCUGUGCAUCCAAACAACACACCACAGGAUGGUAGUAUGGAUGCAGAGAACAAACAGAAUGUCCCUUUAAUUAUUGAGCCCAUCAACGACAAUGCAGAGUCAAUAGAUUUUGAAAUCGCAUAUAAUAGUUUUCAAGAAAAUUAUGCGAAAUAUAGGGGAAUGCCUGUGAUGAGUCUGCCGCACUUGCCGAAACUAAACACCUCUAGAAAACGCGGAAAAUUAGUUGACUAUUACAACGCUGUUGUAUUACCGGAAACACUGAACGAAGAGAUUAGUCUCGAAGAACUUAUAAUAGUCAUAUACUGCGUUGCUAAAACUAUAUCUGAAAUAAUCACUAACAAACAUUUUGAGAACAAUCAACACGAUCAGAAGCCAAAACACUCCAGAUCAACUGACAAGAGUAAUAAACUGAAGUGGUUGAUAAGACUCGAUAAGAACAUUGAAGAGCACCGCCGAAAAAUAGGAAAAAUAACAGCAUUGGCAGGUGGAAACACCUCCGGACGAUUGAAACGCCAAGUCCUCAAAAUAUGUAAAAACUUUAAUACUCACUCGAAGUUCGAAAAUAAUGAAGAAAUGCCCAAGCGUCCGCUCGAUACGCUCAAGCAAAAAUUAAGAACGCUAACCACCAGAAGAGAAAAAUAUAGUAUGUCUAUGAAACGCAAGCAACAUAAUCGUAUGUUUGAAAGCAAUCAAAAGCUAUUUUUGCGACAAUUAAAACAAACCACGAACGUUCAAAGGCAGACGUGA